GUUGAACAGCAGUCACAACGACAACAACACAAUGAAGGCUCAGGACUUGUCGCAACUUGCGACAAGCCUCCAAACACCCGACUUCAAAACCAUCGAGCCCCACCUUCUUGCCUUAGACAAGCACCUUAUUCUACGAACCUAUGUUGAUGGGUACUCUCUUAGCGACAUCGAUACUAAACUAUGGGUUACAAUUCGAAGUAACAAGGUGGCAAACGCAUUUGUGAAGCGUGGAGCACUUGCAAAUCUAGCAAGAUGGUUUUCCUUCAUUGAGGAUUCCCACCCCGAAAUCCAGCAGGAGGUCAAAGCCAAGGAGGAGGCCGAGAAAGCAAAGAAAGCUGCGGGGAGCAAAGCCGGUGCAUCCUACAACAUGGCCUUGCAAGAUACCGACAAGGGGGUGGUAACCAGAUUCCCUCCCGAGCCAUCUGGAUACUUGCACAUCGGGCAUCUGAAAGCUGCUUUGCUAAACGACUACUUCGCACACGAGCUUUACAAAGGCACAUUACUCCUACGGUUCGAUGACACAAAUCCCUCCAAGGAGAAGCAGGAAUUCCAAGACGCUAUUAUUGAGGAUCUUGCACUCAUUGGCAUCAAACCAGACAAAACGAGCUACACGAGCGAUUACCUCGAGACGUUAUAUCAGUAUUGCAUUAGAAUGAUUAAGGAAGGACAUGCAUAUGCAGAUGAUACAGAUCAGGAGACAAUGAGGGAUGAGAGAAUGAAGGGCAUUGCAAGCAAGAACCGUGACAAGAGUGUGGAGGAGAACCUUGCGAUCUUCGAGGAGAUGAAAAAAGGAACCGAAACUGGAAAGAAGAAUUGUAUCCGCGCAAAGAUGUCUGUGGACAAUCCCAACAAGGCUAUGCGUGACCCGGUUAUCUAUCGAUGCAAUACGGACAUCCCUCAUCACCGGACUGGCACCACCUGGAAGAUGUAUCCUACAUACGAUUUUGCUUGUCCUAUUGUGGACUCUCUCCAAGGUGUCACUCACGCCCUUAGGACGACCGAGUACACUGACCGCAAUCCCCAGUAUCAAUGGUUCUUGGACACUCUCAAACUCCGCCAGGUUCACAUGUGGGAUUUUGCUCGAAUGAACUUUAUCCGCACGGAAUUGUCAAAGCGAAAGCUGACUAAAAUGAUUGAGACUGGCAGAGUUUGGGGAUGGGACGAUCCACGGCUGCCCACAAUCCGUGGUGUUCGACGGCGAGGAAUGACUAUCCCGGCUUUACGAGAGUUUAUCUUGAAGCAAGGUCCAAGUCGGAACAUUGUCAACAUGGACUGGACGAAUUUCUGGGCAACGAACAAGAAAGAAAUUGAUCCAGUUGCUCCAAGGCAUACGGCUGUUGAGUUGAAGGAUGCCGUCAAAGUGAACGUCAUCAACGGUCCAGCGACCCCCCAUACCGAGGACAAGCCUAAGCACGCAAAGAAUCCUGCCGUAGGUCUGAAGAAGGUUGCGUACAGCAAUCAUCUCAUUCUCGACCAAGAGGAUGCCAAGCUCUUCAAACAGGAUGAAGAAAUUACUCUCAUGAACUGGGGAAAUGCAAUCGUGCGCAAGAUCAACGGUUCGAAUCCCAUCACCGAUAUCGAGGUUGAACUUCACCUUGAGGGUGACGUGAAAAAGACUGAGAAGAAAGUCACGUGGCUGUCCACCGACGGACAAGAACUUGUUCCAGCUGAGGCAUGGGAGUUCGACUACCUCAUCACCAAAGACAAGCUCGAGGAAGGAGACAGCUGGGAGGAUUUCUUCAAUACCGAAUCAGCAAAGAAGACGGAUGUACUGUGCGAUUCUAAUGUAGCCGAUUUGAAGGACGGCGACAUCAUCCAGCUCGAGAGAAAGGGAUUUUUCAGGGUCGACAAGGCGCCAAAGGAUGGUAAGCCAGCGGUGCUUUUCGGCAUUCCCACUGGCAAAUCGAAGUGAGGCAACAAAAGUGCUCCGGGUUCUUCCUGGCUGUAGAGAGGGGCGUGGCGUUGGAACGAAUGAAUGAGAAAUGAGUCGGAUAUUUUGACGCAGUAGUUAAAAUCUAAAUUCUUCCAGAGCUGUCCUGACCUUGGAAUCCCACCACAGCAUCCACCUGGUACCAUGGCCCCAAGAAAAUACAAGAUGCCUUCCUGUGCACCAAAACUCCCAUCGCUAAUGCCCAAUCGUGCUAGUCGGUAUGAUAACAUAUACUUCUCGUCAUUCUAACAUUAACCCCAUCAAAGCAGACCUUUCCUAGCCAGUUCUACUUUCCUCGCCGCC